CGGUGCCUCGGACGAUCUCUCUACUACGGUCCCGGGCCGAGUCCUUCGGGUUCUGCUCGUUUCGAUCGUGUUUAUUACCGAGGAGCCCGCCCGUUCGUGUCCGCUCUUUUUCGUGUGUCACGGUGAUCGGUCGCCGGUCCACGCGGACCUGCUCAAGGUGAACGUUGGCCUCGGAGAAAGAGUUCUGUGCGAGAGAAAACGAGAGAGAACGGUCCUCGUGAAAUACGCGAUUGCCCGGGAUCGGCGUACGUGGUGUCCAUGUGAACGCAUCCCGAAAAACGUAAACGCGAUGUUCGACGUGUGUCUGGGAUGGUGCCAGUCGACGGUAUGUUCGGGUGUCUCUGCGUCGGUUCGUUUGCAUCGCGAUACGUGAACAAAAUCAGUGAUCGGUAGUACGUAGUAGCUACUGGGUCGUUCAUCGAACGCCGGUCGAUCGUGCGGCGUGGCGAACACCGCUCGGACGAUGCUCGCACGCUGACAAGAAAGAGAGUUUUGUUUCAUCGCGGACGCUCGAGUGUUCUCUGUUCGAUUCGAGGAGCCCCGCGUUCCAACGUCGUCCGAAUAUCGUGUUGCGCUUACUCUACCUCGGGGCUCGUGUUCUCGUUAAAUGUCGAACGAAGAAGCGUUCUCCACGCCGCGUAACGUAUUCCGGAGUCGAUGUUUCGGAUCCAAAAAAUGCGCCACGAGUUCCGACCCCGGACUCGAUCGUGUCGAAUUUCGAGUCAUUUUGGCGCCAGUGGCAGCGUUCACGGAUACCUCCGCUUCUGUCUGCCUCCGUUUCUUACCGUUCAUCGAUGAACAUUUCAAGUUUGGAAGGCUCCGAGGAAAGUUUUGGUGCAACCGUGAUGAGAGAGAGAGAGAGAGAGAGAGAGAGAGAGAGAACUGGAUCCUCGUGAUAAAAAAAAUAACUACGUGCUCGCCUCGCGUAACCAAUGAGCCUUUCCAUUUGCUCGCGUUCUAUGAAUCCGUCGAAUUGUAAUCUAGUUUUGCGAAAAAAAGAGUCACGCGCACGACGGACGGAGAGGCAGAAAAAAUACGAACGUGGAGCCAGAGAAACGGAGAGAGUGAGAGCUACCCAGCGCGGCGAGGGUCGAACGUUAUCUCUGCUGUAGGUUUAUCGUGAUAUUCCUCUUUGCCGUAGUCAUCGAAACAGGAUCAUUUUCGCCAGUUGACAUGACGAGGAUAUCGCCAUCGGCUGGUGAUCCCGGAUCGUUAUUGGACGAUAUAAAGUCAAUCGCUGCGAAUAAAACCAUCGGUUCUCGUUUAGCCCGGCUUCCCAACUUGGACCAGCAGAACUACACAUGAUCGGUCUGUGGAACUUUGCUUAUUCCAGAGAUACUGGCGCGCCCUACGUAUUGUACAAGGACAACAUGGAGAGACCCCAGGGCCAGUGGGGCCCCGGGCCGGGAUCUCUCCAGGACGGGGGACUGUACCCGCAGCAACAGCAACAGCAGCAACAGCAGGGCUCCUCCUCGUCCGGCAGCCCACAGCAGGCCUGUGGUCCCCCCGUCGAGGGAGAAAGCGGUCCCCCGCCUUCGUUGGCCUCCCCCGUGCCCUCGCCGUACCCCUCGGCACCGCCUGAGCCUCAAGCCCUAACCCCACCCGACGACGAUAUACAAUCCAACCAGGCCACCUCUCAACAGCAGCAACAGCAACAACAACAGCAACAGCAACAACAGACCCAACAACAAGUUCAACAGCAGCAGCAAGUUCAACAACAACAGCAGCAGCAGCAGCAACAGCAACAACAAACGCAACAGCAGGAUCACUCGCCUCAGCAACAGCUGACGCCCCACGAAGUGGACCGGAGCGAUUGCUUCCCAGGCGCGGGGGAGCUGCAGCAAUACCCGCAGCAUUAUUUCAAAGAGGCAAGGCCGCAUCCGUCGCCGUCGGUACCGCCGCACAUGCUCACACCCGGCGGCUUCUCCGCGUUACAUUACUUGAAACAGCCCGGCGUGAUGCUGACCUCGCUGGGCCAGGGCGACGGUGGGCCCGGCCUGGACGCGCAUCAGUACGCCAGCCCCGGCGCGCCGAAUAUGGCCACCGGGCUGCCGGACAUCGUCCAGCAGAGCGGGAAGUCCGGCAAGGGGGCGAACAGCGAUCUACGCUUGUUCAAGUGUCUGACGUGCGGGAAAGAUUUUAAGCAGAAGUCGACGCUGCUGCAGCACGAGCGGAUCCACACGGACAGUCGACCGUACGGGUGUCCGGAGUGCGGGAAGCGGUUCAGGCAACAAUCGCAUCUAACGCAGCACCUGCGCAUACACGCGAACGAGAAGCCGUAUGCCUGCGUGUACUGCGAGCGUACGUUCCGGCAGCGUGCGAUCCUCAACCAGCAUCUGCGCAUCCACUCGGGUGAGAAGCCAUACCAAUGUCCGGAGUGCGGAAAACACUUCCGUCAGAAGGCGAUCCUGAAUCAGCACGUCCGCACACACCAAGACGUGAGCCCGCAUCUGAUCUUCAAGAACGGGAUGACGCCGACGCUCUGGCCGCAGGACGUCCCGUUUCCACCGGAGGAGGGCAAAGAAGAGGUCGCGUCGACGUUCGGCGACACGGACACGCAGUCGGGCGCGUUCAGCCCCGCGCCGGACGCGAAUUCCAUCCAGUACCCGGCGUACUUCAAGGACCCGAAGGGCGGCAAUCAUCCGGUUUUCGGUGCCGGCGGUACCGGCAGCUUCGGUGCGCUUCAAUACAUCAAACAACAAGGCGGUAGCAAAAGCUGUUUACCGGACGUGAUACAACACGGUCGCUCCGCGGGGAUGCCAUUAUACGUCCGGUGUCCGAUCUGCCAGAAAGAGUUCAAGCAGAAGUCGACGCUGCUGCAGCAUGGCUGCAUCCACAUCGAAUCGCGGCCGUACCCCUGCCCGGAGUGUGGCAAGAGGUUCAGGCAGCAGUCGCACCUCACCCAGCACCUACGCAUCCACACGAACGAAAAGCCGUACGGUUGCGUUUACUGCGGCCGUAACUUCCGUCAGCGCACGAUCCUUAAUCAACACUUGCGCAUCCACACCGGCGAGAAACCGUACAAGUGUCAGCAGUGCGGCAAGGAUUUCCGUCAGAAGGCGAUACUGGACCAGCACACACGCACCCAUCAGGGCGACCGGCCGUUCUGCUGCCCGAUGCCGAACUGCAGGCGGCGGUUCGCCACCGAGCCCGAGGUGAAGAAGCACAUCGACAACCAUAUGAACCCGCACGCGGCCAAGGUCCGCAGGAACUCGAGCAGCGACACGAAACCGCCGGGGACGCCGGCUGGUCUCGGCCCGGUACCGGUGCCCAGGGGCCUCACGCCGACGGUGGUGAAACCGGAGCUAUAUUUCCCGCAGUGUUACGCGCCCGCGUUCAAUCACCAACCGCCCGUGUCGACGUCGCAAUUCCCGGCACAGGCGAACGGCGUCUCCGUUGCCGGCGAGUUCAAGCCACCGACCGGCCUGCCGCCGCAGUGACUAACCGUCCAUCCUGCCGCCUACUAGCAAGCAGGAAUACCGCUGAGGUUUCAGCGAUGCUUCGGUCACGCUUUGCAGACCGACGCCGCGACGGCGUCGACGACGACGCCGAGCGUCGCGUCGUACCGAUGCAGCCAACCGAUCCAGCAACACUACCCGUGACGUUUAUCGUGCAUUUACUAGGCUCCUUCUUUUCGUUUCGCGGUUUGCUCGCGUGCCGAGUUCCAUCGCUUCGCACAGCCUCGGAACGCGUCGCCAGCUAGUUACUCGGCUCGACGGUGAUCAAGCCACUUCGGUAUUCUCAUCGAUUUCUUGUUCCGUUCAAUCGUACCGAAUUCGUACCGUGCAAAUCAUGCUGAUCGAUCGAUGGUGCAUUCAGUUUUAACCGCGUCUGACACGUGCGACCCGUUUCUACUUGCUCGGUCUUGUCACCUUACGCGUCGCGCACCUCGCCAAGGAUACGCAGCUCACAAUCGUUUAUUCUGUUCUUUCGGAUCAUCGUUACCUGAAGAAGUAUAUUACGGAAGCGCAUCGAAGUGCGACCGCGUUCUGUAAUACUACCAAUAGUGUUCUACCGUGUUUAGAGGCAACAGACUGCCGGCUGACACGCGCCAAGUCACGAAUCGAACCGAGCUGAGCGACUGCAAAUGGGUUUCGAACGAAGAACCGACGGAGAGACCGAGCAGAGGAGAGACGGGAGACCGUUGUGUGUCGUUCACCGUCGAGCCGAUCGACUGGCGCCAGAAAAAUGGUGACUCAACCAACGAAGAAUUUCUCGUCUAUUCCCCUCUCCGCCCCAUACGUAUUUUUUAUAUAUUAAUCGAUCAACGGCGUACCUUAUCGCGUUUUUUUCGUGGACAUGCGAAUAGCUCGAGAGAGUUCGGUGGUUCCGCGCGCGCAGGCCGUCCGAGGUGUCGUUCGUCACACCGUUCUCACACACGCAAAAAAUUACACACACACACACACACAUACACACAUACACACGCGUACGUGGUAUGAAACGUACACGAGAGAAUAAAAGAGUAACUCGUAUCCGAGGGGUGGGUUGCGACACGGAUAUGAGAAGACGUUCGAUUUCGAAGAUCGGAGUUAGAACAAGAGAAAAAAAAAACAAAGUUGAUAACGAUUGUGAUACGAUAUUUAACUUGCCUAUGUUUAAUGAACCAGAAAGAAGAGUUGGAAGAGGUGAACAUACGACCACGAGAAGAAUGUCUGUAAAUAUGUAAAGCCGUUCACUCCGACGAACGAACAAAUGAACGCGGAGAAGAGGGAGAGAAAAAAAUAUUGAAACGGCGCGAAAAAGAGCGAGCAAGAGCGUACGAGGCUGGCUGCGUGGAUGCGUUGUCGUGUGAAUGAAAUGAGUGAAAGAGAGAAAGAGAGUUGCGAAUGCUCGCGAGGAAUCGAGAGUGGCGCAGAGACGGAAGAUACCGCGAGUGGGUAGGAUCGCCGUGGGACACAGUGGGGAGUAGAUAAAAAGAAGAGAAGAAGACGAGGCGAGGGAGAUGCGAAAAAACGAGAGGAGAUGGGAAGAGGAAAAAGAAACGGUAAGAUUAGGGAGAGAGAAAAAAAUAACGCGAGAAAGGGUGAAAGCGAAGGAGGUAAGGGGAGAGAUUAGAUAGGAUUUACGUGGACGGCGUAUGCCCUCGAAAUGGUGAGCCAUAGCAUUUCUUUUUGGUUUUUAUUUCUUUUCCUCGGGGUACGGCAAAUUCGACGGUGACGAUAGUUUCCCGCGAUGGGAAGGUACGACUCUUGCAUACUAUAGUAAUAUUUGAAUGUAUAUUUAUACGACAGGUUAUAUUAUUCUAUUAUUAACUAUAAUGAUGAUAUUUUGAAUCGGUUUUAAAAUCAGAUUGGUGCUGAACACGUAACACUAGGUAAGCGACACAAAGCGAAACAGGAGGAAGAGACGAGAGGAAAAAGAAUACGAAAGAGGAGGGAACGUGGAAGAAGGCUGAGACACCGUAGAGUAGCGUAAGUAGGAUAGUCGAUAGAGUAGAUCGAGAGAGAAAGAGAGAGAGAGAGUGUGAGAGAGAAAGAGAGAGCGUAGCAAAUCGUGAAAUGAAAGAAAGGGAAGAUAAAAGACUUUCGAAGGACCUUGGUCAAGGCCGCUCAUCCGGAACUUAAUAAUAAUAAUAUUAAUAGUACUAAUAAUAAUUAAUAGUAAUACUGAUUAUAUUAAUAACGCAAUUAUCAACACAUCAGCCGGAGAACAGUUGAAACGAACGAAAAGGAAUAUAAUAGCAAAACUGAAAUGAAAUGUCUUGUGGCAAUACUUAAGAAAAGGGGAAUGAUAGAAGAAACACGUACACGAACACGAAAAGAACACAGAACAAGGAAAAACAAAAAUAUUGUGGAAAUUUCAACUUACUAGAAGAUAGUCUUUUAAAUUUCUAUAUUAAGACGUGUGAUCUCUCCAAUUAUUGUACAUUAUAUUAUAUAUAUAUAUACAUAUUAUAUAUAUAUUAUAAUGAUCUAUAUCUAUAGAUGACGAGAUGCAUAAGUAUAUGAUUACGAUUAUACGUAUAUUAGGCGUUCUACAGUUAGUCUUUUAUCAUUUAGAGACACAGAGAUGAUCUGAAGAUGAAUAAUUGUGCGGCCAUAUUCUCUGUGGCCUGUUCGUAGUGCCUCGGAAUUGCUGCUCACGGCAGUGAUUUGAUCGUAUUUUAGGAUGGUAUAUUAAUAAUUAUAUUGAGAACUGCAAUUAUCGAUACUCUGAUGCAGUACGCGAUACGGGAAAAGUGAAGAGAAGUGAGUCCGAAAGGAAAAUGAUACGAAAAAGAAAAAAAGGAGAGAGAAGGGUUAAAAAACGAAAAGUGAAGACAAGAGUCUAAAAAUAAAAAAUAAAGAGAAGGAAGGUAGCGAGUGAAUGAACAAAAGUGAUCGUGUCGUCAGGCGUCACGUUAAUCGACUCAUUAAAUUAUUAAAGAUCUACUUAUAACGCGUUUACAAAAAUAAGUUAGCGGAAAAAAGAACAGGAGCGCGAGAAACUGACAAUGUGAUCUUUCGCUGAUAAUCGUUGUUUUUUUAUAUCGUAAUAUUAUUAUUAUUACCCUCGUGUUUCUCUUUUUUCUUUCUUUCUCGUUCGUUGCGAACAGGUUGAGAAGAAAAAGAAACAGCGAAACGAAGAAACGGCUACUUUAAAAGGGAGUUCUUCGCGAUUCACGAGUAUUGGAAUCGUCACGAUGUGCGUUUCACGGUAAUAAUCGUUUGUGAUAUUUAUCUUGAUCUUUUUUAGAUCCGAUCGCUUCCCUCUUCUAGUUCGCGUUUAACGUGUUCGACCUCGCGACGCGCCAAAUUAAAUGAAACGUUGCCUCGAUCGUUGACGUUCUUAUGCCUUUUUAAAAAACUCCAGUAAACCGCAGUUACGAGAACUACAGAAUCUCAGAAUCGAUCGAUUCGAGUAUUUAAACCGGAAAAGCGAUUGAUAACCACGAAAGCUUCCAAGGAACUUUUUUUUUUUUCCAUCCAUUCGUCAUUUUUUUGGUUAAAUUUUUGGAGCCGCGACAAAAAAUACGUGCCGCGCGCGAAAACAAUAAUUCAAUCUUUUCGUUCGGCGACGGGACGACAAGAGCGGUUCCGCGCGAAAUAUUAUACAGGCCGGUGAAAUAAUAAUUGGUUUAUUAGCUGUUUGUAGAUCGAUGGAGCGGACGCAACGUGAACACGCUCUGUCGGAGAAGGAAAAUCGAUCAUCGGGAAUUAGUUAAAUGAUCAUUCGUGACGUGAACGACGUUCAGUUAACAUCGUUUUCUACCUUUCUUAUGCUAAUUGCUCGUUUGAUUCGCGAAGACUGGCUCGGGGUCCCCUCGAGUAUUUGGCAUCGCGCGAAUUAAUUAUAUCUACGUAAUAAGAAGGAAUACUCGUUUUGCAUCAAAGAUUUGUAAAAAAUGUAGAUACGAGCUUUUUUGUUUUCUUUUUCUAUUGUUUGUUCUAACUGGUCGUGUACUCAAAGUAACGACGGCAUCUCAUUGAUUAUUAUUAAGUCCCCUCUCACGAGAUUUUGCAUACGGUGCAGUUUAGAUUAGCAUCUUCUCUUCCUACUCCUUUCGAACCGGGUUUCUCCUUUUCUUUUUUUUACCGCCACACUUUUCAUCCAACUUCUAUUCUUCUGUGACACUCCUCGAUUAUACAAGCCGUGAACAUCGUUGACACAUUUCCUUGUCUUUUUGUAAUUCGUUUUUACACGCUAAUCUUUAUCGAGAUAAUCAACUACUGGCGCUUUAUGCUUAUUAUACUCUCUAAUCCCGCAGUCAGAAAAUCGGCCGUACGUUAUGAGCAUAGACAUAUUUAUAUAGUGCGUUCCGGAGAAGAAUGGAAGCAACAUCGGGACCGGACACCGGAGUUCGAAACUGUUUAUAAUCCUUUAUUACAUAGAUAUAUGAAAUACUUUAUAGUUGCCCGCGACUACGGUACUAUCUGCAGAAAAAAGGGGCGCGCGACAGCCAGCAGCUGAUCUGGCCCGAGACGACAGGGACGCGUUUUAUAGAGAUUUUUACUUUUAAGUUCCGUGUAUACGUGCCGGUCGCAGAGAACUCGUUGCGAACUGCUGCGAAACUGGUUUCGGGUGGUUGGACGACGUCAGAACCUUGUGUGGUGCCAUUUCGAUCGACGAAACACUCCGACGAGCGUCGUCGGUACGCGAAUGCGGCAAAGAAAAAAAGGAACAACGACGAAGAAGAAGGGGAGUGAAAAGAAAAAAAUAACACGUAUAGAGGCAAAAAGAAAAGGAAAAAAAGGGGGGCGGCGAUAGGUACUGUGAUAUCGAUUCGCUACAUAGCGAAGAUAAAGAGACUAAAAAAGAAAAGACGGAGCGCGGAGAACAAUCACGAAAGCCCUGUGUACGCGCGCGAUCGGAUGAUCCACGAGACGAUACCGUCGUGACGAUAACCGUCGAUGUGUAUACGAUGCUACGAUAACGUUUAUUUAUAAGCGACUUUUCUAUUCUAAUCUGUGUACAGUGUAUGCAGCGCGCCGGCUAAUAGGGCUCGUGGAUUACGUCCGGUCUUCUGGCUCGCGUGCGCCACAGUAGAACGUGUCCAGACGAGUCAGACUGAACCGAGACGGGGACUCGUUUCGCGAACCGUUCUUCGCUUCGAUUCCAUCGACUUUGAACUUUAGACCCGUUUCACACUAGCUGCGAGCAGUAUGCUUUAAUUUCAGUCACUCAUAAUUAGACUGCGAAUCUAUACGCAGAAUAAAACAUUUGUGAUAUAAAUUUGAAAAAUUAUAAAUUGCGAUUUCUUGUAUUCUUUAAGCGUUUCACUUUUGAUAUACGUCAUUGAAUAUUGAACAAAUUAGUCGUAUUCUCUGCAGAUGCAACAUUUUUAUAUUCAGUUAAUAUCGGACUAUACGUAAACGAUUUUUUGACUGAUUUCACCUGACCAUACUGUGACUGCUAGUGUCUCGUAUCAAACGUUACGGGAAAAUAUAUUCUGGAAGACCCCUCGUUUGCGCACUGAACGAAUCGGUCUUAUUAUGAAUAGACGACGAUGCUCGCAGUUCCCACGUCGAUCGAAUAAACUAUUUCGCGAUACCCGACGUCGUCCGGCCGUACCUCCUGCUGCACCGACGAACUUUUGUUAAAAACUGAACCUUGUUACUGCUACCUACCGCUACGAUUGCAUUUAUUAUUUGUCAUAUUAUAUUUUGUCUUUUAUAUUUAUCACUUGUUGCACGUUUCAUCGAGAGAGUGAGAGGGAGAGAGUGAGUGAGUGAGUGAGAGAGAAAAAAGUAAAUUAAAUGUGGAGAGUGCGAGAGAGCGGGGACGAACAAACGUGGAGAGAAAGGACUACCGAGUACGGGAACCAUUCCUUUUCCCGGGAUUUCAUUAAUUUUUUUAUUAGAUCCGUUGCAAUUUUGUAGUUUUUAGUACUAGUUUUCUUUUAUCUCUCAAGGUUCCGUGGUUCGAAGAAACGAAGAGAGCCGCGUUGGGUCGCGUCGUACCCCUGUCGUUUACCGAAUGCUCAACAUAGAUUAGGUUAUUAAGCUUUAUAUAUUAUUAACUAUAUUAUAACGGUUAUUGUAAAUUAUUGUUUUCGUUCUUUAUCUCUCUUGGUUUGUAAGACUCAGGGUCACGGUCCCGCAGACGGGGCCAGGCCUCGCGACAGGGCGACGGGCACCCGGGACAUCUCUCUUCUCUCUUUAGACUCCUCCGCACGGUUCUCACGUACUCGUACACGUUCUGUUCGCGUUCGUUUUAUUUCCUUUUUUUGUUUGUUCAUCAGAGAGGGAUUACAUGCACACGUGCCUCCGUUUUCAUGCAUUAUUACUAAUUUAUAACGAUCCGACGACGUAUCUUUUUUUUCCUCAUUCUGUAAACACGAUCACCGCCGCAACCGACUCCCCGUUCGACAGCGCGAGAUCUCGCUUUCAAAAUUUAGCUUUAAAAUUUUCGAUGCGGACGCCGAUGCAGGUGCAAUACAUUACGGAUGUGCAUAUGUACACUUAGGAUCGUGCCGCGGUGCGUUGAAAACUGUACCACGAGUAUUCGGUUGAAAAAUAGUCGGCAGGCGUUCUACCGGGGGAAAAAGAACGAAAAUGACCAGCGAUGGGGGGGAGGAGUUGGUAACGACGGAGGAAAAAAUUUUGGUCGCGAAAUCGUCGCCGGAAGAAGCAUUCUGCCGCGUAACUCCGUUCUUCCGCGUCGACGUCCCUUUGUUUCCGUGUAAUUGAAAACCGGUAGAGCGCCGGGCGUUAAUGUUACUUUGUCCGGGCGCGUUUCGAGAGCUCGCGAACACGCGUGCACGUGGCCAAGAUGGAAAAAUGCCGAGACGAAAGAAAUUCGUUUCCCCGUUUCGUUUUAUCGUUUCGGAUACGUAGCCUUUAUUUGUUUUUAUUAAAGAAAUUUCGAGCCUCGAUGGCUCACGCGAGCCGAGCGUACUUAGUGUUUCAACGCACGCGUAUAUACGCGCGUCUUAUUUAUAUAUAAAUAUUAUAUAUAGAUUUUUUAUAUAUGUAUACACACGAACUCGCACGAUCGUAAAUGUAAAAGAGUUUGAGAGUACGUUAUAUACGUUAAAAAACGAAAAAAAGGAAAAAAAUUAUGAGGGAUGAUCACCGAUGUUAGCGCAUGGCGCCGGUGACAGAGAUAUGCAUAUAUAUAUAUAUAUAAAUAUUAUAUAUACCGUUUUUUUUUAUUUACGAUUUUUAUAAUAUUUACACGAGAGCAGCGAAUCACUGAGCCAAGACUGACCUCUUUGUGUUUCUCCUUAAUUCGCGCGCAACGUUUCAUUUUGUUCAAUGUUUUUCCUUAUUUUCUUUUUUUUUCUAAUUUUAAUAAUCUCAUCUUCCGAGUCCCUUUGUUAAUUUUUCUCUGUUCGAUCUCUCUUCGAACGCACUUGUGAAUGGGAAACCGAAGCACAGAGAGAGAGGAAGAGAGAAGAAACGAAACACAACCCUUUCCUAAUCAACAACUGUCAUUUUUUUUUUAAGAAAACGAAAAAGAACAAAAAAUAUGCAAGAAAAAAAACUCCUCGCAAGAUCACAAUAAAUUUUUAAAUAAAAUCUAUUUUUUCUUAUGUACUCUUUUCAUUGCGCUCUUAUUUUCUCUGCUUUUCACCAUUUUAUUUAGUUAUUAAUAGGCCGCAGAUUUUCAUGCAAAAUGAAACCCAGAUAAGAAUUUGUCUCGUCUUUUAAAAGUAAUAAUACGCAUUUCACUAUCAGUCUUUUUGUGUGUCUUAUGAUUAUCACGUUUUCAUUGUUCUAUGUAUGAAAUCCGCGGUCUAGUUCUCAGGUCCACUUUACAGCGUUUCUCAUGACUACGUCGUGGACCACAUGAACGAGUUUUAUUUCAAGUCUUUGUCCCGAAUGAUUUCUUUGUGUUAUCGUCCCAGUCUGAGUCCAGUUCUCGUUGCUGUUCGGAAGAUGCAAAUUCACGUCGGAACCAGGUUCCUGAUAACAAUUUAGGGAGGAAUGGCAUCGCAUACAAGCUUGCUCUAUUUUUUCUCAAUUACUCUUCGACUCUUUCAUAGAUAAUACUUGCUAGUAUGAGACUAAUCAAAAAAAUAACGAAAGAGGCGUCGAACUUCUCAUAUCGACAUUCAUUUCUGCAUUAUAUUUAUUUGUAUAAGUUCCUAUCGACGUCGAUUUCGAACGAAAGAGAACGGUAAUCUUGUCCAAGGAACAAACUACAUGCAAAACGACGAUCGCGGGUGUUGAAUUCAAUUUGCCGGUGGAAUAAAUUCGGGCGGGCGUCGUAAAUCCAUGGAUGGUACACGGUCCCAUCGCGGUGCAACCAGUUUUGCGCGCGGCCACUCGUCAGAGCGCAGGUUCGCGGACUUUGUUUGGAUUAUUUGUGCGUGCACACACUCGGCUAAUACGAGGCGCGAGAGAAGAUGCUAAACUCCAUUACGCGGAAUCGUACAUUAAAAUCUCGUGCCCGAGCGGACGCAGAAACCAUUUGCUUUCAUCGAGAAUCCCUCGUGCCAGAGGUUCUCGUUAAAUCGCGAAAAUACCUAAACCCUUCGCUUUUGAAAGGGAAAUCUUAUGUCUGAAGCAGGCGCUGAUCUCCGUCGAGUUUAAGAAUAAUUUUGCAUAAGGUCUCAGAGUACAUCAAAUAUCACGAUACUCAGUGGAGUGUUAUAUUUUUCUCAGAUCGAGUGGCUCGUUCUACAUUUUCAAUUUACUUUCUCCAUUUCGCUGGAAGGUCUCGAGGUUCUACGAAGACCGAACUCCGAACUAAAAAUCGCGCACGAGAGCGAGAGGGGAGGUGGAGGUUGCCGACGAAAUUCGAUCGAUGACCAUCGAAAGAAACGGAGCCACGAUGAGGCAACAAAGCCGAGAGAAGGCACUCGCGCUCGCUCGAUCCCCGUCGAUCGAUCCUCGAAAAGUUCGACCGAUUCGCGAAACUCGCGCGCGGGACAUAACGAGUUUGAGAAACUCUGCCGUCUGCGAGAAGGUGCGCGACUGCACUUGACUUUCCAACUUUGCGACCGGCGCGGCGCGGCGCGCGGCCACAAAAGCGAGUCUGCUGCUCCGUCUAUGCGAAGUCUGCGCGAUUCUGUUACGCUCGCCCGGCAGACGGGAAAGGGAUGAAAAUUGAAACUAGGAAUACCGUUCUCGACCAAUAACCCGGUUGACCAAACGCGCGUUCACCAAAUAGGACUAUCAUAUACGUUAAGAACGAAGCUCUUUCCGUUCGCUAUACUUCGAACAGCUGUUACGAAAUUGCCAUGAACCUGACGUUGAAACGGUUCUCUCGAGCAUGAAAUACAAUCGAUUGUAUUGCAUUAAUAAUUCGAUCUCGCAAUCAAUUUCUUGGGAGUAAAGUUAAAUGGUUUAAACAAAACACGAUAAUAAGAGAUAAAAGGAAAGCAAAGUUUACGGGCGAUAAGAUUCGAAUCGAGGAAUGACAUCGUGGACCCGUGACCCAUCCGAGCGGUUAUAAAAUCCGGACUGCGAUAAGGCUACCGACGUGUAUACAUACAGACGCUGGAAAUCGGGCAGAACGGCGCGUUAAUGUCGUUAUUGCCAAAAAUGACGAGGAACGAGGAGUUUACGCGGCUCACCGAUACCAUCAGCGUGCCAUCUUAACCAGCCGCGCACCGAAUCCGGUUAGACCGGUUCGGCGAGACGUUAGAUUUUCGCGUGAUCGCACUUUCGGUUUCUGAAUAUAGUGUCCUUGAAUGGAGUCCUGCUCCGCGAGCGGCCCCGGCGUGGCUGGCCGAGGUGAUGCAAGAAUGAGUGCAGCGAAAUUUAAAAAUCAAAAAACGAGUCGACUUACGAGUAUUGAAACAAAAAUAAGAGCCACCGAGCAAAGAGAGAAAAAUGUAUGCUCGGGACUUGGGUAAUUACGGGCCUUUAUCCGAUGUUUCGGAUUUCAUUGCUGGCCCGUCCCCGGUGAUUACGUCUUCGUUACACCUCGGCCGAGACGAAUUUCGGUACCCGGGAUUAUCGAUAUGAUUUUAAUUGAACGACAGUUGCUCAACCGAGGGAACGAUCUUCGAAAGGAGCUUAAUUAGCGGAUUGGUAAUUACGAAUUUUCAAUGACGGCCACGCGUCGCGCCCGUCGAUUUCUUUCACGUAUGGCAACAGCCCCGCCUAAUCGAUGUAUGAUUUAUUCGUCUUACGUACAUAUAUACCGGGAAACCGGUUCCAAACUGCGCUUCAAAAAUAACUAUUUACCACGCUACGUCAGAAGCGGAUCUCGUGGUAGGACAAAUUACGAUAAAACAGUAUCGAGUGGUUAAAUUAAAAAUCGCGUUCAAUCAUUAUUCCCGAGGGCUAUAAAAAAAAUAUGCAACGUUGUGAAAAGAGGAGAUUGGUUACACUCGAGGAGAUUAUACGGAGCUGAGAGCGCCCGGGCUAAUCCUUGCUUCUCGAGAGGCUCGGCAGGCCUGGCCAGGGUCUCGUUGCAAAACGUAAGUCGAAGGACGCGAGCGGAGGCAUUGGAACGGCGCGGCGCGAAGAAUGAUGGAUCAUCGUGCAUGCCCGAAAACCCGUCGGGACUGCGCGCGGAUGAAGAAUGCUGCCUCGGGAUGAGAGGAAUCCGGCUGGCGGAGCCGAGACGAAACGCAAACGAUAUCGGCAAUCGAAAAGCAGAUUGAUCGGCGCAAACUAAAUCCGAGCUUGAUUUUUGUUUCUCGCUUCGAGUAUCGUCCGUGUCAACGGGGAGAUCGUGUAUUAAAUUCUUUCGGUAGUGUCGUCGACAGAUGAGAGAUCCGAUUGGAUCGUUAGCAACGUUGAAUCAGAGGAGUACCGUGAUAAUGAGAUGCUGAACCGUGCAUGAACUCGAGUCUUGGGAACGGCCAAAAAACGGCUUGGAACCAAGGAAAAAGGAAGGUUAGCCGGGCUCCCGGUGAACGCGCGUACGCUGCUUCACGUGGGAGAACGGGACGGCGACGAAUAUAGAGAGAAUCAUCCGUGAAAUAGCAACAGCAACGGUCUGCAGAGGAGCAUGAGGAAGAGAGAAAGGAAGAAAGAGAGAGAGAGAGAGGGACAGAGAGGGAUGACUGGUACGAGCACGGCCCAAACAAGGAGCUCCUUCCGAGAAGGAGCGACGAGGAGGGAAGUCCGUGAUAAAUAUACGAAUCGGCCCGGGUGCAACGGAGAAGACGAUUAACCGGGAGAAAGAGGCGCGAGAACUGCGGCAAAAACAACAAAAAGGAUUGCAUAGAAAACGAGAGGGAGAGAGAGAGGGUUGAUUCUGUACCCCGUUCCGAAUAAACAGAAACGAAGCUGAAAACGGUGGAGAGGAGAGAGCAUCGGUGGAAAAAAAAUCACACGAUAAACACGGUGGAGAGAGUCGAUAAUCGCGGAGAGUGGGACGAGAUCAGACGCAGCGGUGAAAGACGCGGCGAGGACGGAGACGGAGAUAGAACGGGGCCCGUGAGGACGCGACGGUGGGACCGGCGCGGCGGAAAGGGGCCCCGGAGAUGAAGAGGGUAACGGAGAGGAGAGACCCUCGCUCCGCCGUGAGUCUCCCCGACUCAUAACUGGUUAAGCUGGAGGGGGGAACGCCCUUGACUCGGACUCUCGGUUGGCGGGGGAGUGGGCCCACGGUUGCGGCCUUGAGUCGGCCCGUCUCGUUCUUCGACAGCGUUUCUCAAUCUCGCAGUCUCGUCGGGGGUCUACCGACUUGCGUCGCGUCGUGACGUUGUGCCCGAGAAAACUUGUAAUCGACGCGCGAGAGAGAAAGGGAGACAGACGGGAAAGGGAGACCCGCGUCGUCGUCGGUGUACAAGAGGAGUCGAUCGGAGAGAAAAGGAGAAAGAGAAGGGACCGCGGCCGUACGGACGGAGCCGUAGUCGGUUGGUAAGCCGCUCGGUAGGGUCAGGUGGCCGACAUUGUUUUCGUGACAUUCCUAUGCUAUUCGUGUUUUCGCGGUCAUGUCGUUCUUUGGUUUCUGUCUUUCCCCCGAUUCUUGGUAGACGACCGACGGAGAUCGAUCGCGCACGCGGAGAACUCUGUUUGCCUGCGACUCCGACUGAUUCACCGAACUCCCUUUCCAAGUCAUCACCGAUCGCUUUAAAGGAGAGCGUGCGAGCAAGAUAUAAUUUGUAGAGAUUCGAUGACUGAGUUAUCGUACAACACGUAUAGAAACACAGAAUUGGAAGUAGAGACAACCGACCACGGCGAAAGCUAAUCAUCGGCAAAUCGUCAGUCACGCGGGCCUCUCGAAAUGAGUCGUGGUUUAAAGAAUGGUUCAAGGUUCGUGAACUUGCCACGACGAUCGUCGCGACGGCUCUUACGAGAGGAGCCCGGGUUCAGGAGGAGAGUAACGAGAGACCUCGCGGUGUUCAUACAAGCCCGCUCGUUCACUCGUUCGCCUUUGCCUCUUUCGUCUGGUCACGUGAGCAAAAUUCCUUUUCGACGCAAACCAACGCGACGCCGGCGAGCCUGACGAGCUCGGAGGAUCUCGUCGAAGAAAAAACAUUCCGAUGCGCUGAUUGCAUCUACCGCCGCGUUGAACCGGUGCAUCAACGGGUGGAGGUGUUAAUCGGGUUACGAGUAUCCUCGAUCCCCGAGCCGAGGAAGAACCGCGUUCCUCUCGACCACGUGGUAUCGUGCAUCAUCUAAAUUUCCCAGGCGUAAAUUGAUACAAAACAAAUCCGGGAAACAACUUCUGAGGAAGAUCUGAUCCGAACCGAUACCGCAAUUUUGCGAUCACGACAUUAGAAAGGGAUCUUCUCACGUGGCAGAGGGCUGCAAGCGUAAUUACAAUAAACGGCAACUGGGUCGAACGCGAUCACGGUCGAGGAGAAACGGUUUACCGCUUUCGCGGUCCCUGUCAUUUCGCGUGAUUAUCGCUGGAAAUGCGCUGAUGCCUCGAUCCCGGCGCGGUAGAGACAGAUACGAUCGUGUAUCAUCUCGCUCGCGAGCAGAUGAGAGCCAGUUAUUAUCGCUAUCGCGGAUACACUAUCCUGCCUUUCGUUUGCUUCUUCGAUUCGCGGUUCGUUCGAGACGCGUCUUCUAGCACGCAUCGGGCUAAUAUCCCCGUGGUCGUCCGUGGUAAUCGUUCAUCGUUGGAGGCUGCCGGGAUGGAAUGGAGAGCACGGACGAACGACUUAAUUACAGUCAUCAGCCGGUAGCACGAGUCGAGAAAAAAUAAUCGCGUUCCGCGAGUGGACACAGAACAGGGUUGUUCGGCCCGACUCAUUUCCAUUGAUCUCGUCCGAUCUAUCCCAAUGCAAUCAUGAGUCAGACCAAUGAGAGAUAAACGAUCGGAGGAAAAAAGGGCAGAGAGUAUCCUCUCGCAGUGCCCCGGAAGGUGAAAUUGAGGAAGUUGAGAACAAAACGCGGCUCGUCUGCCAGAAGCGUCUGCAAGGCUAAAAGAGCGGGGGACCGUGCCAUGGUAAAAAGGAGAGGCAACGGGAGAGCGGACCGGGAACGCGAAAGGAGACGAAGCUUCGACGAAGAGCGGUGCGAGCAGACGCGAAGGGAAGAACGAGGAGACGGUACAUCCGACGAGUAUAGAGAAAAAGAAGCCCAGCGCACGCAUUGGACAGAGAGACGGUUACGGCGAUGCGAAAGGGUGAAGGAGAAGAAGUGCGAUCGCGACGAUCCCAAGGCCUGCGAGGACGAGCGAGAAAGAGAGCAGGGGGCGAAGUUGGUCCAUACGACGGGCCGCGUAUAUAUAUACACGACGCAGCGAACACCCUUUAUACUUUAUUUUGCCUCGACGCGAAAUACCGGCUGACAGUUACUCUCUCGAACGAAAUAAAAGGAUGGUCAUCCCUCUUUCUCACUCCGUUUCUCUCCCUUACCGGCUCGCUCGGAAGAGAGGAGACCAACUCCGCGGAGGAACUUCCACUUGGCCUACUACUCCACUCCACACGCUUGCCCGCCACGGACGAGCUACCGGGGCUUUUCUUUUUACGCGAGGCCACUUCCUGUUCGAACUUUGUUUUUCUUUCUUGUCCCGUCGCCCCCGUCCGCCUCCUCCGUCUUUCUUUCUUUCGUUCCUUUCGUUUCCUUUCUUUUCCCUUUCUUGUUGUUGCCCGGCCAGACCCCGGCCACGGGAUUAUGUAACGCAUAACGGAGAAAUCUAAACAAGCAAAAGACCACGAAAUCCACGCGGAUCACCCACCCGCGCGAUCCUCCUUUUGCGUUACGUUAUCCUCCCUCCGCGCGUUCGAAAUCUUUCUCUCGUGACUGUACCGUGCUCUCCCUUCGACCACGACCGAUUCACCUUUCGAAAGGGAACUACAGCUCGGACCGAGUCAACCUUAAUCAGCGGUCCACGGAUUGAUUUCGUUUGUUUGGAAACGCGAUCGUUCCAAUUGCAUAAAUUAACGGGAAGAACGAAACCCGUCGCGGGGACACCGUCCACACGUUAUUCAUGCGUGUACGCGCAGGCUUUCUAAGUCUUGCUCAAUUAGAAAGUGCCACAUCCGCGCCCCGCGGGCGCGAGUUCAUUCGUAUAUUAAAAUGGAAUGUAAUCUUCGCCGGCCGCGUUACACUUCGUCGACCAGAAACGUUAGAAACGCAGAAUUUUAAACUUUUCAACUUAUUCGUAUCAAAGUCAGACAUGCUGCCAUGUCUAAAUAUCAAUUAGCUUCAAGUAAGAAGUUGAACGUAGUUCCAGAAGGAAAAAGAUUUUAGUGACAAGAUUAUUCAAAUUAAGAUCGUUUAACACGGUUAAUGAUUAAUUUGAUUAAAUUCAAUUUGGCCCUUGCUACGUCAAGGGCUGACGCCUGUACGAAGGGUGCAAAUGAAGAGGACAGAUGGUCGUUUCUUGUCCUCGGACUCGGGGCUGUUUCGCAUAAUAGCCGCCGGUUUUGCCGGUCGUUGGAUUUAAUCUAUCGAGGUUUAUGUCAGCCAUUCCGCGGGCCGACAAACAACUUGCGCAGCAACAGGUUAAUCGCGCUCGAAAACGGACCGCAAAUGUUAAACGGUUGAAUGAUUUGUUACUUCCGUUGUCGCGUGAAAACUUAAAUCGUUCAAACUCCGUCUUUGAACAUCGUUAAAAAAUUGACAUUCUCGUUUUUCUUCUUAUUUAGACACAGAUCGAGUCGAUAAGAAGCAUUACCAGCAACAUGUGUCGAAACGUGGAUCAUUAAAUAAAUGCGUCCUUGAAUUUCAGCCAAAAUUUUUACUGAAAUCAAUUAGGAGUAGAUAAUUAAAUUUCUUAUUGACUCAGCUUCUGUCUACUAAAUUUCACAUUAAUGGAAUUUUGCAAGGGUUGAGCUGGUAAUCUCCGAAGAUUGAACUUAUACGAUCGAGCUUAAAGUGAGUACACAUCAUCAGCGUGAUCCGAGCGCUGUCCUUGGCGGAUCAUUAACCAGUCUCAUACGAGUCAAUCAGAGAGCCCCGGUGAUCGAUACGCUUUGUUUUCUCUCGGGCUACCGAGUGCCGGCCGUUGCUUUCGUUCCCUCCCGAGCCAGUCGAACUGUUUAUUGUAUGUACAAGAGCGAGUGGUUCUUUAGCUCGCGCGGCAGCUACCUGCCAAUGAAACGCCUGCCGACCUUCGAAUCGGAGUCUGACCGUUUUUCUGCUCCGCGCCGUGUCGGUAGCUCCUUGCCAUGCGGGACCCGAGACCGUGCUCCGAAACGCGCGUAUCUAAACGAACCCAGCGUCGAAUGAACACGUACGGAAUAGGGAAGAGAAAAACGAGCCUUUGAUAUACACAAUCGCGCGGGCGAAAAAAGUGUGUCGGAUUUUUAGAGGCAACGCUUCCCGAGUUGCAUUUUAUAAGGGGAUCAAUUUAUGUUCGAAUCAGAGUUCAACGAACGGGCGAUGAACCUAAGACGAUUCAUUUUCAAACUCCUUCCUUUACGAUUUUCAUUUACUUAGGAGCAAAUUCUUUCUGCAAAAUGCACCAGUUAUCAGCUUAAAGAAUGAAGAAUGUUUUAGAUGAACAUUGAAAUAUGCGUUCAGCUUUUAAUAUUCUGAAUAGCUUUAUAAACUACGUAGAGCACUGAUAAUUUCUGCAAUUUUCUUCUAAACGCUUGGAAUUCGCAGUCUAUUUAUAAGUCGAGGCAUACGAAUGUCGGCGAAAGGGUAAUUUAAAAUUAGUAAAAUUGAGAGGUGUCAUAGAGCAUCGAUGCGAAUAUAUUUGCGAGCCUGACAAAGGGGUACGAUAAUUGCAUCGAGAGCGAUGGUAGUUAAUGAAGAGAGAACCACGGAAUGCUCGCAAAGGGUGGACACGUAUUACAAAGGUGAAUAGAAUUCUAAUGAAAACCGUGGCCCGUUUCAUGCCGAUACGUUUUUUAUAAGGAUUUUAUACGAGAGAGGCGCGCGCGUAAAGAGGUACUUAACUUGUUUCCCUUGAUUCUUCGUUGACGGAGAAAAGAUUCCUCUAGCACGCGUAAAACGGGCUCGAGCGAAACGCUGACGAACAACGACUGUUAAUUCUCAAAACGCGUAUCCAUUUUUAUCAUAUCCUCGUUGUCUCUCACGCAGUUCAUAAGUCUUAUGACAUACAUUAGCCAAUAACAGUUAUCAUUUAGAAUAACAAAACGUACUGAUUCUAUA